AUGGCCGCUAGCCUAAGGGGGCCCUCGCUCACCUCCCCUUCUUCCACCUUGAGCUGUGACACUGACGACGAUGGCGUGCGCGGCACCUGCGAGGACGCGUCCCUGUGCAAGAGGUUUGCAGUGAGCAUUGGCUACUGGCAUGACCCUUAUAUCCAGCACUUUGUGAGACUGUCCAAAGAGAGGAAGGCUCCGGAAAUUAACCGAGGAUAUUUUGCUCGAGUCCAUGGUGUUGGCCAGCUGAUAAAGGCAUUUCUACGGAAGACAGAAUGUCACUGUCAAAUUUUAAAUCUGGGGGCCGGGAUGGACACCACCUUCUGGAAUUUAAAGGAUGAGAAUCUUCUCCCAAGUAAAUAUUUUGAAGUUGACUUUCCAAUGAUAGUCACAAGAAAGAUACACAACAUCAAAUCCAAGCCUCCCUUAUCACAACCCAUUGUAGAAUUGCAUUCAGAAGACACGCUUCAAAUAGAUGGAAACCUGUUGGAUUCAAAGAGAUACGCCAUUAUUGGAGCAGACCUGCGAGAUUUACCAGACUUAGAAGAGAAACUAAAAAAAUGCCACAUAAAUACACAAUUGCCGACACUCCUUAUAGCUGAAUGUGUGCUGAUUUACAUGACGCCUGAGCAGUCCGCAAACCUGUUAAAGUGGGCGGCCAGCUGUUUUGAGACGGCCAUGUUCAUAAACUAUGAGCAGGUCAACAUGGAAGACAGGUUCGGGCAGAUCAUGAUCGAAAACCUGCGGAGGAGACAGUGCGACCUGGCUGGCGUGGAGAUGUGCAAGUCUUUAGAGUCACAGAAAGAACGGCUCUUAUCCAGUGGAUGGGAAACAGCCUCAGCGGUCGACAUGAUGACGCUGUACAGCAGACUGCCACGAUCAGAAGUGAGCAGGAUAGAGUCACUUGAAUUCCUGGAUGAAAUGGAGCUUCUCGAGCAGCUCAUGCAGCAUUACUGCCUUUGCUGGGCCACCAAAGGAGGCAGUGACCUAGGUCUGAAGGAGAUCACUUCCUAA